CUUUCUUCGAAGGGCUCGCUGGAAAUGGUCCAGACAUUGAUGCAGUUUUCCAGAUAGCGGAUGAAAUAGGUCAAAGCGCAUUGGAAAUGGACGACAGCUCCCAGAACGAUGAAUUUGUUGUCCAACCCCCUCCAGAAGAGUCUGCAUCUCAAGACCGACCUAGAGCACGAUCGUUUAGUGGGCAAGGUCUCCUGUCUACGUCAGCACCUGGACAGCCUAUACAAGUCAGGAGCAAUGCAUCCGAGGCAGGAACUGAUUAUUCACGAAGUCGUCGGCGAUCUGCAUUGCUCUCAAUAGACACACUUUCACCAGCACCUCAGCAAAGUCCAUUGGCGCAAAUAUAUCAUCCGACGGCGAAUCACCUCACUGACACGAGCGAGGCGGCCAUCGAUCGAGCCUCAUCAACAUGUCCCUCACCCUGCAAGGCCAGGGGGACCACCCCCAGCUGA